AUGAGCUCCUCCAACUUUGCCCAGGCCCAAGAGCGCCUGGCCGCACGACGACAAGCCCGAGAACGAGAAACGCAAGCACGCCUCAAUGCCCGACGAGAAGCUUCGCGCGCAUGGUCGCAAGUGUCGCAACUCCCUUACCCGCUCAAUCGCGUCGGUAGCUCUUCAUUGUCGCUAUGGGAGCUCAUAUCAUCGAGGGAGGGCACAAGACCGGCAUUCCGUGUCGGCCAAGUAGACGCAGAGCUGCUGGAUGAGGAGCUGGUUGACCUUCUCCAAGGCCAGGUUGGCGAUGCCUUGAAAUACUAUGGUGGAAACCUUAAGGAUGAUUGGUCGGCCGAGAUCACUUUCGCGCUUCGGGCGGUGCUCUUCAAGCUCACCAUCUGGGACCACGACGCUACGUACGGCGCCGCACUGCAAAAUCUAAAAUAUACAGAUGCGCGCCGGGAUGGAUCGGUCCUGGUAGCGCCGAGCAAAUGGCAAAAGGCGUUCUACGGCAUGAUCACAGUCGGAGGAAAAUAUGGCUGGACGAAAUGGGAAAACUGGCUGCUCGAUCAGGACAAUGGCUAUGACGCUCCUCCACCUCUUGUGCAGAGACUCAGUGCCAUCACUACGCGCCUGACAACAAUCCAUUCGGUGGCAGCAUUCGCCUCUUUCUUGGUUUUCCUCCUCCACGGCCGGUACCGGACAUUGUUAGACAGGAUCCUGCGCCUACGGCUAGUACCGCCGACAAGUCAGGUCAGCCGGGAGGUGUCUUUUGAGUACCUCAACCGCCAACUCGUUUGGCACGCCUUUACUGAAUUCCUACUGUUUGUUUUACCGCUUGUUGGUAUUAAUCGCUGGCGCCGAUGGUUGAGCAGGACAUGGCGAAAGACCAAGGAAAUUGUCCACAUCAGCAGCGAGGAUGACACAAACGGCAAACAGGGCGAAUUUGCUUUCCUGCCGGAAAGAACCUGCGCGAUUUGCUAUCAGGAUCAGAAUUCCGCCACGUCGGAGACUGAGGUCCUAGCCGCCGCCGCGUCGAGUGGUGUGGUAGGAUCUGCCCAGACCGAUAUCACAAACCCUUAUGAGACGGUGCCCUGUGGGUGCAUCUACUGUUUCGUUUGUCUUGCAACGCGGCUAGAGCGCGAAGAAGGCGAGGGAUGGGCCUGUCUACGCUGCGGUGACUUGGUCAAGCAGUGUCAACCCUGGAAUGGCGAUGUCCUGCAGGAAUCCCCCAGAUCACCAGCUUCGUCCCCGAAACGGGUCGGAUUCGCCGACGAUGUAAAAUCGGCAUCUUCUGUUGCGGGUGAUCAUAUUGAUGACUCAAUUCAAUUCAUUGAUAAUCAUCAGGAUGGCCAAGACGAAGUAGACGCUUUUGAUGACCCCGAGCAUACAGAUUCUGAAAUCUAUGAAGAGGAAGAAGAUGGCGAAGCGGACUAUAGCGACUAA